CGUCCCGCCUCCUCGGGACCUUGUUCAGCUUUGUGAUUGGUUGCUAACAUCAAGGAAUCCCGGCGUGGACGGCGCGAGGGAAAAGAUGGCGGCGAUGGCGGUCGGGACUGCCGGUGGGAGCCGCGUGUCCAGCGGGAGGGACCUCAAUUGCGUCCCUGAAAUAGCUGACACACUAGGGGCUGUGGCCAAGCAGGGGUUUGAUUUCCUCUGCAUGCCUGUCUUCCACCCGCGUUUCAAGAGGGAGUUCACUCAGGAACCUGCUAAGAAUCGGCCUGGCCCCCAGACACGCUCAGACCUACUGCUGUCAGGAAGGGACUGGAAUACGCUCAUUGUGGGAAAGCUUUCUCCAUGGAUCCGACCGGACUCCAAAGUGGAGAAGAUCCGCAGGAACUCUGAGGCGGCCAUGUUACAGGAGCUGAAUUUUGGGGCCUAUCUGGGUCUACCAGCUUUCCUGCUGCCCCUUAAUCAGGAGGAUAACACCAACCUGGCCAGAGUUUUGACCAACCACAUCCACACCGGCCACCACUCCUCCAUGUUCUGGAUGCGUGUGCCCUUGGUGGCCCCCGAGGACCUGAGAGAUGAUAUAAUUGAGAAUGCGCCAACUCCUCACACAGAGGAGUACAGCGGGGAGGAGAAGACGUGGAUGUGGUGGCACAACUUCCGAACUCUGUGUGACUAUAGCAAGAGGAUUGCUGUUGCUCUUGAAAUUGGGGCCGACCUCCCAUCUAACCACGUCAUUGAUCGUUGGCUUGGGGAGCCCAUCAAAGCAGCCAUUCUUCCCACCAGCAUUUUCUUGACCAAUAAGAAGGGAUUUCCUGUUCUUUCUAAGAUGCACCAGAGGCUGAUCUUCCGCCUCCUUAAGCUGGAGGUGCAGUUUAUCAUCACCGGCACCAACCACCAUUCAGAAAAGGAGUUCUGUUCCUACCUCCAAUACUUGGAAUACUUAAGCCAGAACCGCCCUCCGCCCAAUGCCUAUGAACUCUUUGCCAAGGGCUAUGAAGACUAUCUGCAGUCACCACUGCAGCCACUGAUGGACAAUCUGGAGUCUCAGACCUAUGAAGUAUUUGAAAAGGACCCCAUCAAAUACUCUCAAUAUCAGCAGGCCAUCUAUAAAUGCCUGCUGGACCGGGUACCAGAAGAGGAGAAGGAUUCCAAUGUCCAGGUGCUGAUGGUGCUGGGAGCAGGCCGGGGUCCGCUGGUGAACGCUUCCCUGCGGGCAGCCAAGCAAGCUGACCGGCGGAUAAAGCUGUACGCCGUUGAGAAGAACCCAAACGCCGUGGUGACGCUGGAGAACUGGCAGUUUGAAGAGUGGGGCAGCCAGGUGACCGUCGUCUCCUCGGACAUGCGGGAGUGGGUAGCUCCGGAGAAGGCAGACAUCAUUGUCAGCGAGUUGCUAGGCUCCUUUGCUGACAAUGAGCUCUCACCGGAGUGCCUGGAUGGCGCCCAGAACUUUUUAAAAGAUGAUGGCGUGAGCAUCCCCGGGGAGUACACCUCCUUUCUGGCUCCCAUUUCCUCGUCCAAGCUGUACAAUGAGGUUCGAGCCUGCCGGGAGAAGGACCGAGACCCUGAGGCCCAGUUCGAGAUGCCGUAUGUAGUACGGCUGCACAACUUCCACCAGCUCUCUGCGCCACAGCCGUGUUUCACCUUCAGCCAUCCCAACAGAGAUCCUAUGAUUGACAACAACCGCUACUGCACCUUGGAGUUUCCUGUGGAGGUGAACACAGUGCUGCAUGGCUUCGCGGGCUACUUUGAGACGGUGCUUUAUCAGGACAUCACUCUGAGUAUCCGUCCAGAGACUCACUCUCCUGGAAUGUUCUCUUGGUUUCCAAUCCUCUUCCCUAUUAAGCAACCCAUUACAGUGCGUGAAGGCCAGACCAUCUGUGUGCGUUUCUGGCGAUGCAGUAAUUCCAAGAAGGUGUGGUAUGAGUGGGCUGUGACAGCACCAGUUUGUUCUGCUAUUCACAACCCUACUGGCCGCUCAUACACCAUCGGCCUCUAAUGCGGUGGUUCAAGUGGCCAGAGCCUUGAAUGCAGCUUCAGGGUGCGCUCUCGGAGCACGGGAAGUGCGGUCCAUGUCUGGGCUGUGAUUCCUCUCUCCCGUCAGCGAGGAGCACUUCCGUCUACUUGCCUGCCUUCCAUCGAGGUGGGCAGAGGAUAAACAUUCACGGCAAGGAAUGAGCCAGCAAUCUGUGAAAGAUCUCCUCCGCUCAGGACAGGAGCAAGUGACAGUGUGGGAUCUGAAGCUGCGCCAGCAGGCACUGCGCCCUCAAACGCUGCGGGAGUGGCCCCGAGCACAGGUGGAUCGAAAACUGCUCUGCCCCGCCCCUGCUCUCCUCUGUUGUUGUUUGAUGGUUUUGUGUAAGAGGAAACACAAAUAAAAAUGAGGUUAUGGCCCUUUUCUGCUUUA